AUGGCACCGUUUGAAGCGCUCAUCCCAGCAUCCGUCGGAGACAUCUGGCACGUUCAUGAGCGCGGAUUCCGAAUGGCCAUCUUUAACCUUGGUGUCCUCGGUGGUAUCAACCUAGCGAGUCCAAUCGCUGGAUCCGUCAUCCAAUACGGCUCUCACCGCAUCGCAUUGCACGCAAUGGGCGGUGCUUUUGUCAUCAUGCUCAUCCUCAUCAUCUUCUUCAUGCCCGAGUCCGCCUACCACCGCCACGACGUCAUCAACAUCGACACGAGCUCCAAGAAUGUGGAAAGUGACGCGGUUGAGAAGGAGAAGUCCGCCGAGCGCGUCGAAGACUAUGCGGUCCAGUCGUCCGUCUCUUCCGAGGCCCCAUACCCUUACGUCAAGACUCUCAUGCCAUGGUCUGGCUACUGGGAUCAUGUCUCCUUCUGGCGCACAUUUCUACGCCCCUUUGUGGUGAUCAUGAGCCCAGUAGUCAUGUGGGCGACCUUGCUCUUCACGAUCUGUGUAUCAUGGCUUGUCUUGAUCUCCAUCACGCUGUCGCAAAUCUUCUCCGCUCCACCGUACAGUUUCUCCGUCAGCGCGGUUGGCGCAACCAAUUUAUCGUCGUUUGUGGCGUCGCUGCUGGCCACGCUGGUAGCAGGUCCGAUUAUCGAUGGUGUGGCGAAAUGGAUGUCGACACGCAACAAGGGUACUUUCGAACCUGAGUUCCGUCUCCCUGUCAUGAUAACCUACCUGAUCUUUACCGCAACCGGCUUCUUUGCUUGGGGCCAAUCACUCCACAACCGCGAUCCGUGGCCCAUCCCAGUCAUCGUCUGCAUGGGUCUGAUCAACCUGGGUGUUCAGCUGGGAACUACCGCCGUCGUGACCUACGUCUCCGACUGCCAUCGCGAGCAGGCCGCCGAAGCCUUUGCCAUCAUGAACUUUGUCAAGAACCUUUUCGCAUUCGGCCUGACGUUCUACGCCAAUGACUGGAUCGCAGUACAGGGUGUGAGAGACGCGUUUUAUGUCAUUGGUGGAACCACUGUCGCUGUCACACUUUGCACGAUUCCAAUGUACAUCUACGGCAAGCGUGCGAGGAGUUGGGUGAAGAGAUGCGGAGUACUCGAUAGUGUUCUCAAAGCCGAGUAG